ACUCUUACAGCUUGUCAUGGGGCCGCUCUCUAUUCCUAUAAGUAUACGACCACACUGCAACUCUUCUCAUCAAACAUGCAGCUUCACAAUCUAAAAUCAAACUAUUUCUUCCCAAACUUUGAUAUCUACAUUCAACAAUGGUAAACUCCAAGAAGAUCGUUGAGAUGGCGAGAAAAUGGAGAAAGGCAGCUGCCUUGGGCCAAAGGGUCUCCUCAACCCAGGCUGAUGCUAAAUUAGAUUCCAAUGCUUGCAGUACACCGGUUGCAGAAAAAGGCCACUUUAUUGUAUACACCUCAGAUGCAAAGAGGUUCAUGGUUCCUUUGAGAUUUUCGGAGAGCAUUAUUUUUGUAGAGCUCUUAAAGAUGUCUGAAGAUGAGCAUGGGCUACCAAGUGAUGGUCCUAUCAUAUUGCCUUGUGAUGCAGUGUUCAUGGAGUAUAUUCUAUCUUUUCUCAGAAGACGAGGGUCUAAAGCUAUGGACAGGGUGUUGUUAGACACUGUAUUCAAGCACCGUCAUUCUCCUUGCUCUAUGCGAACUGUGGGGUUGAAUCAACAAGUAGUUUGUAGCUUCUGAAUGUUCAGAUUCUUUGUAGUCAGUGAUACUUGUGUAAUUAAAUAUUAGAUAAUGUUGAUUGACAAAUUAUUUA